CUGCCAAAGAAGAAGCCUCCAGCUCUCUAUAAGCCCACCAACCCCGAUGGCCUGGCCUAUCUGGACUUCAGUGUGUCGACGACCGGCAUGUUGGCCGGAGUUCAGAUGUCCCACAAUGCCGUUGGAGCCUUCUGCCGGUCGGUGAAGCUGCAGUGUGAGUUGUACCCGUCCAGAGAAGUGGCCAUUUGUCUGGAUCCUUACUGCGGCCUGGGCUUCGUCCUCUGGUGUCUCUGCAGUGUGUAUUCGGGCCACCAGUCCAUCCUGAUCCCUCCGGUGGAGCUGGAGUCCAACCCGGCGCUGUGGCUGCUGGCCGUCAGCCAGCUGAGGGUGCGAGACACUUUCUGCUCCUACAGCGUCAUGGAGCUCUGCACCAAAGGACUGGGCCUGCAGACCGAGGCGCUCAAGGCUCGGGGUCUGGAUCUGUCCCGGGUUCGGGCCUGUGUGGUGGUGGCGGAGGAGCGGCCCAGGAUGUCGCUCACGCACUCCUUCUCCAAACUGUUCAAAGACCUCGGCCUCCACCCGCGAUCCGUCAGCACGGCCUUCGGCUGCAGAGUCAACCUGGCCAUCUGCCUGCAGGGCACUUCAGGGCCGGACCCCACCACCGUGUACGUGGACAUGAGAGCGCUGCGUCACGACAGGGUUCGGUUAGUGGAGCGAGGUUCUCCUCACAGUCUGCCGCUGAUGGAGUCCGGCAAGAUCCUGCCUGGAGUUCGAAUCAUUAUCGCCAACCCAGAGACGAAGGGACCUCUGGGAGACUCGCACCUCGGAGAGAUUUGGGUGCAUAGCGCUCAUAACGGCAGCGGUUACUACAGCGGGUACGGCGAGGAGGUUCUCCAGUCUGACCACUUCAGCUCCAGACUCAGUUUUGGCGACACUCAGACGGUCUGGGCCAGGACGGGUUAUCUGGGUUUCCUCCGCCGCACCGAGCUCACAGACGCCAACGGAGAGAGACACGACGCUCUGUUCGUGGUGGGAGCUCUGGAGGAGGCCAUGGAGCUGCGAGGGAUGAGAUACCAUCCCAUCGACAUCGAGACCUCCGUCAUACGAGCGCACAAGAGCAUCAUGGAGUGCGCCGUCUUCCCCUGGACCAACCUGCUGGUGGUGGUGGUGGAGCUGGAGGGCUCCGAGCAGGAAGCCCUGGACCUGGUUCCCAUGGUGACCAAGGCGGUGCUGGAGGAGCACUACCUGAUCGUGGGCGUGGUCGUGGUGACGGACAUCGGGGUCAUCCCUAUCAACUCUCGCGGCGAGAAACAGCGCAUGCACCUCCGCGACGGCUUCUUACAAGACCAGCUAGACCCCAUCUACGUGGCCUACAACAUGUAGCCUGAGUGUGUGAGUGUGAGUGUGUGUGUGUGUGUGUGAGAGAGAGAGAGAGCGAGCAUGUGUUUGUAUGCCGUGCAUCUCGCCGUUGUUCAUUCAUUUCCCAAAAUCAAGAUGUACUGUAUUUUUGAACCUGGAUAUGGUGUCGUCCGUUUUCUUUACAGUCGUGUUGUGCCGGUCGAUUGGUUGAUUGAUUGGUUGAUUGAUUGAUUGGUUGAUUGAUUGAUUGAUUGAUUGAUUGAUUGAUUGGUUGAUUGGUUGAUUGAUUGCUCAGUGGUGUUAUGACCAUUUUUACACCCCCCCGCUCAGUCUCGUGACCGUCACCAGGAGCUCGUCACUGCAGAAAGCCUUAGGGGAAACACUGUGUCGGUCGUCACGCUCCGUGUCGUCUGCAGGAGGAAGAGAGAGAGAGAGAGAGAGAGAGAGAGGGAAACAGUAGAGUCUGUGACAUCACGUCUUACUGGUCCAACAGAGAAAUCCCAGAUCUGUGGUUUUAUUUCAAUUAGACGAGGGGCGGCCAGAUUUCUGUAAAAAUAUAAAUAUUGUACAUAGACAUAAUAAUCUAUAUGGAGAGGUACCUAAAACACAAAGAGGUAUAGUAGCCCCUAUAUGCAGCUCUCUCCACCUGCACCCUGUGUGUGUGUGAGUGUGAGUGAGUGUGUGUGUGUGUGUGAGUGUGUGUGUGUGUGAGUGUGAGAGUGUGUGUGUGUGUGUGCGUUCAUCUCGUUGUGUUGAUGUGUGACAGGGACGUUUUACCAGUUUCAAUGUGAAUUCAACGCUGAUUUCAAACAGAUUUUAAUCCUUCGACGAUCAAAUAUGAAACAUUUUUAUACAGGUUUUAAAAAAAAAAAGGAAAAAAAAAAACAGAUUUUAGUUUUCAGUGUCGCAGUGAAACAAGUUACUGGCUCUAAAAUCACCGAAUGCAACUUUUCUAAAUCUGGUUCAGAAGCUGAAAGAAAGAAACAUGUUUUUCUUGUGAUCAUCAGAGUUAAUGUGGAGUCCCGUCCCUCAAACAUCCAAAGCAUCAACGUGCACUGUGUGUGUGUGUGUGUGUGUGUGUGUGUGUAAAUACAAGAUAAAGAGUAUUAUUACUAUUUAAAGGGAGUUAACGUCGUAAUGAAUCGAAGCUGAAGCGUCGUCGUUAACGCAGCCGAGGAAACGGCUCUGUUCCGAAUCCAGGCGCGGCGUUUGUCGGAGUGAGGCCUUCGGAGCCGCUGUGUGAAUCCAGAUGCAGAGUUUAAUGCAGCAGCGUCUGGAGGCCGUUCGGUACAAAGGGAACAAGUUUACAGAGAAAAGCUCCUGUUGUAGCAAUAACGCCCACGAGGACGUUCCUCGCUGCCGAGGUCAGAGGUCAGAGGUCGUCGUCUCCAAACGAGCUGCAGAGGAUGAGACUCUGAGACGAUUGAUUGACAGACCAGAGUUUAUACCGAUUCCAAAGUUUAAUUCUCGUGUUUGUCGACACGUCUGAAGUUUGGCUGUCGGAUCAGAAGCCCGAGUAAAAGAAACAAACUCUGCUUCAGCUCUGUGGCUGAGCAGCCACACGUGCUUUUAUUUCUUCGUGUACACCUAUGCAUCUCAAUAUUUAGGCUUCGACCCAUUAACGGACGAUUUAAAAUGAGAAUCUGCGGCAAAACAUCAGACAGAUUUCAGUCUUUUAUUUACUGAACAGCAGAAACACACAAGUCUCAAUUGUUGUUUUAUCUCAAACUUGAGUUCACGUCGUGUAGUUUUGAGCAAAGAAGAACUUUUACCGUCUUCCUGGAAAAGAAACAUGAAAUGAAACCUGGGAUCUAAUUUCACCCGUUUGCACAGAAGAAUCUCUCGGUGACGUGAACGUCCUCUGGGCUUUGGUACAGAUCAUUUAAGAGAAUUAAAAAAAAAACUAUAUAUGAAAAGUUUUAGGGGAAGAGUUUAGUGGCUGUGAUCUCUCAGAAUCAUCAGCACUGUUGUUGUCGCUGCAGGUUAAUGAAGAAUCCAACAGUGCAUCGUUUGUUUACAUCCUCCUGUGGAUAAAGGUUCACGACGUCAUCUCAUCUUCUUUGUUUCUCGUCUCACGUUCGUUCCGUCGCCUCGUCUUUAACCAUCUUUUUUUUUUUUUUUUUUUUUCAGAAGAAGAAGAAAAAAUAACUUUAUGCAUAUCAGAAGUUGCUUAUUGCGCUUGUUUGGCUGUUUUAGCAGUUUGGGUUUGUUGGUAGCAGCGUAGCGGCCAUGUUUCAGUCCCUGUGUGUGUGUGUGUGUGUGGCAGAGGAUGGGGGGGGGGGUAAGAGGGAAAUCCCAUCAGACACCCGGAGGACUCGUCAGUGUGUUCAGGGUCGGAUGGGAGAGAGACUGCAUGGUGUGUGUGUGAGUGUGUUAGAUGUGUGUGUGUGUGUAUAUUGUAUGUAAAUAGUGUUGAUUUUGUACGGUACAAGUGUGUGUGACUUGUUUUGUACACAUGAUAAAAAGAUUAAAUGACACUUUUAUAAGAGCCUGCUAUUGGCUCACCGUCACACUAUACAGUGCAAUAAAGUGCUUUGAUUGGCUAAAACUCAGACUAGUCCUCA